ACCGUGACCUUUCAUAGCCGCCAUUUUAUAAAAAGAGCCAGUUAGCAGAAGGUGUGAAAUUGGAAUAACUGUUCGAUUUUGGACGAGACUCUGAUGAAUCGUCUCACCGAAGUCUUUUCUAAAAACCGUAUAAAAUGUGGGAUAAAAUGAUGCUGAUGCGUCACCCCACGUCAGUCACAGAAAGUUGUUCACAAAGUGAGUUUGUAAUAACUGUGUGACUUCCUAGGAUAUCAAGAUUAUUUCGUUUUGUGGAUUCGUAUUUUUAACUCAAAGGAAGGUGAAAUUGUAGUUUGUUCUCAAAACGGCCAGUUUGGGCCUUUAAACCGACUCUCAAAAUGACAGGAAGAGGCCAUUUGAUUUUGUUUGUCAGUGUUUGGAUGGCAGUAUGUUGUAUCUUGGAGCAGACGACAGCUCAAGUUGCGAAUCUUGAAGAUAACAUACAAGUAGUCCAGAAGAGGAGUCUAGCCAGAGAUGAAGGAUAUUACGCUGAAGAUGAAAAUCUGGAAGAUGUGGCAGAUCGAUGGAGAUUGGACCCACUGGAUCUGCUUCUGCAGUUUAACAGUCGCAAGCGACGUGAAGCCAUUGGAAAACGAAACACUAACGAUGCAGAUGGACCAGCAAACGCCGCCCUGGUCGAGGAUGAAGUCGUACACGGCGACAGGGUGAGACGCCAGGGACCCGCAAACGCCGCCCUGGUCGAUGAUGAAGUCGUACACGGCGACAGGGUGAGACGCCAGGGACCUGCAAACACCGCCCUGGUCGAUGAUGAAGUCGUACACGGCGACAGGGUGAGACGCCAGGGACCCGCAAACACCGCCCUGGUCGAUGAUGAAGUCGUACACGGCGACAGGGUGAGACGCCAGGGACCUGCAAACGCCGCCCUGGUUGAUGAUGAAGUCGUACACGGCGACAGGGUGAGACGCCAGGAUGAUGACGCCGAACUGACGAAGGAGCUGAAACGUCUUUUGAGGGAAGAACGGAAGAGAAAGAAGAAGUUGUUCAAGGAACUGAGGAAGGAGCGGCGUAGAAACCAGAGAAGACUGAGGAAGCAAGCUGCAAAAAAGAGGAAACAAUUAGCACGGAAAGCCAGGAAAUUUAAUAGAAAGGAAUUCUCCAAAGCCAUUAAGGAUGGCGACAUGGCAGUUCUGGAACGAAUGCUAAACAUCGAGAUCGACGUGCAGAUUAACAUGGACGACAUCUGUAAACACUCCCACGACCACAGUCACGCAGAUGUGACCUGUGACCCGGAAGCUAUCUACCGCACCUUAAACGGCUCAUGUAAUAAUAUUAAUCAUCAUAGCUGGGGGAGUACGCUGGAGCCAUUGGUCAGAUGGCUAGACGCCAACUACAGCAGUCAUGGUCACUUCCUUCCACGCGAGUACUUCAUCUCCCCUCGUGACGUAUCGACGACGUUUGUUGAGGCCGAUGACGGCGCGCCAGACAAGGCUCAACCAGGAGUUAGCAUUCUUAUGAUGCAUUGGGGGCAGUUCACUGAUCACGACAUCACACACACACCAGCUGCUCAUGACGAGUGUGAUUGCAAGACUUUGAACUCAUCUUGCUACCCACUUCAAAUCCCACAAGACGAUGCAUACUUCCAAGGCCGGGAGUGUUUCGAAGUUCCCCGGACCCUCUCUCACUGCGGUGACGAAACCAAAAGAGAACAGUUCAACGAGAUCACGGCGUUUGUGGACGCGUCCAAUGUGUACGGAUCAACCCAGGCAGAGUUGGAUGAGCUUAGGUAUUAUCCUCAAGAUGGCAUACCAGAUUCAGAGAACGUUGCGUGUGGUUGGAUGCGAGUGGAUGAGAUCCCUGGUCACGAAGGCCAGGGUUCCCUCCUCCCCAAUCACGGUGAAGUAACUGGAAACUGCUUCGGCGAGGACGAAGAGAAGAAAAUCUUUGCUGGAGAGGCGGGCGAUUUUCGCGCCAUGGAACAACCGGGUUUGACGAGUCUCCACACUUUGUGGGUGCGCAACCACAAUUUGCUAGCGGACGGGCUGAGGAGCCGGAAUCCUGGAUGGUCUUGCGAUCGUGUAUUCGAAGAGGCUCGGAAAAUCAACGGCGCCAUGAUGCAGGCUAUCGACUACAAUGAAUACCUUCCAACCUUACUAGGAACAACUGAAUACAGCAAUUACAUCGGUGACUACACUGGGUAUGACCCCGACCUUAACCCGUCGAUAUCUAACGUGUUCGCAACAUCGGGAUAUCGUCAGGGGCACAGCGCUGUUGACACGGUGAUCGAGCGAUACAUUUAUAAAAACGAUGCCGAUGGUGAUGAGGUAUUGAAGCGCCUCGACCCUCUCCCAAUGACCGAAGUGUUCUUCAACGCCCGGUUCAUGUACGACUUCGAAAAUGGAAGCGUAGAUGGAUUCAUGCAAGGAAUGAUCAGACAACAAUGUCGUAAAAUUGACCGGUUCAUGAGCUCAGCAUUGCUAAAUCAUUUGUUUAUUAGCCCCGAUGCCCCAUCAAACACACCGGGCCUGGAUCUCUUGUCCUUGAACAUCCUCCGUGGUCGAGACAAUGGAAUUCAACCUUACUUUCAAUGGCGAAAAUUCUGCAAGCUGUCUGAAAUCACAGGGUGGUCUGAUCUUGCAAAAGACAAUUUGAUGACAACAGAAACGAUCAAUAAACUUAAGGAGACAUAUGGAGAGGAAGAUAUUGAUGUGCAAAGAAUCGACCCAUUCAUUGGUUUCAUCGCCGAGGAGCCGUCCCCAGGAGGGACCCUAGGCCCUACUCUAUCGUGUAUCAUCGGUGACCAGUUUAGAAGACUGCGGAAUGGGGAUCGGUUCUUCUAUCUCAAUCCCGAAGGCGCACAGGCUUUUACUGAAGCUCAACGAGAGGCCAUCCACAAGGUGACUAUGGCCCGUGUGCUUUGCCAUAACUUGGAUAAGCCCGUAGAGUUCCAGCUUAAUGUCUUUAAGCUUCCUGAUGAAGACAACCCUGAGUACGACUGUUUCGCCUAUGACACCAUUCCUCCGAUUGAUCUAGAUCCGUGGUGUGAGGAUCCGGACCAAUGCGUCGCCAAAGAUGAAGGCAUUUAAUCGUCGCAGUUCAGAGGUCAAAGGUCAUUGUCAAUCUAAGCGUAAGAAAGCAUUUAGCAGAUUUUCAUCAAGCUCUUUUCAUCGUAGCUACUGACAUGGCUGACAAGGAUAAUAAAUAAUUAAUAUUUAUAACUUCGUUGUGUAAAUUUGCUUGAGAAAAGUAUUAAUGAUUAAAAAAAACAGUACGUAUUUUUAAGAAACAGAUUUAAAAUGUUCAUAAUCCAUUCUAAUUUUUGUUGAUACUAUAACAGCAAUAAAGAUAGAAGUGACCUCUUAUAGUUUCAUAUCGUAUGGUAACGAUCAUCAAGUGUUUUCGGCUUACUGAUUUUUCUAUUAAUCAUAAUUUAAUGGGACUGUAUGAAAAGUGUCUAACUUUACUACAAAAUAUACUUCAUUAUCUUGGUUAAGUUUGAAAUGUAUAUUGUUUCCAUGUUAACAACGGAUACUUGAACGCAAUUCAAAGUUUUUUGUGUAUUUAUUGCAUAGAAUAUAAAUAAGGAUGUGUAGAUAAUGAUUUGGACCCAAUCAACAUAAUUUAGGGCGGCAUACACAUGGAGGUUUGUUUGGUUUUCAUUGGAAUUAAUUUUGGAAUUUUCUUUUAAUUGUUAUCAUUAUUGUAAGAAUGGUAUUGUGGUAGAUAUCAUUAACUAAAAUAUAAUAUUGUAUAAGAUGACUAUAAAGAUCGAUUUCUUUGACUUAAACGCUCACUUACUUGCCAGUCUUUAAAAAUACAUUAAAGUUGCCAAAGCAUGAA